AUGGACUUAUCGCCACCAACUCAGGGGGGCAAUAUUGAGGACAUUUUUCCAUUUGAAACGCUCUGCAAAUUUUUUGAGCAAGUCUCCCGUUUGAGUGGAGUUAAGAAGAAAAAGCAGAUUAUUUCAUCAUUCAUCCACAAAUGGGCGGAUAAAUAUGCUCAGAUAUCCUCAUCCCCCGGUUCAAUAUCAGCUGGAUUAGGCAGUUUUUAUCCCGUCCUACGUCUACUUUUACCAUCUUCUGAUCGUGCAAGGGGAGCAUUUGGCAUUGGUGAACCAAGUAUGGCUAGAAUUUUGAUCAAGGCCUUUGGAUUAGCUCCAAAGGGCCCAGAUGCAUUAAAUUUACUGAAGCAUCAAGGAUCAUCCUCGUCUCAAGGGAUCUUUCACAGAGAUUUAGCCGAUAUCGUACAACGAGUUUUAAAGGAUCACUGUCAAAAUAACGGGACUUAUACAAUAACUCAAAUUCAUGAAAUUUUAGAUGAUUUGGCGAGGGAUUUAACUCAUGAUGGAAAACUUGCAAUCAUCACACGUUUCAUUCGUACUGCUACAAUUCUUGAGUUAAAAUGGUUUGUUCGUAUUGUCAGUCGACGGGAUUUAUCUCUUGGAGUUGGCGAUAAAGUCAUUCUCAACUGCCUCCAUCCAGCUGCGGUUUCAAUCUGGGAGGUGACCCAGAGUUUGUCAACUGUCUGUCAGCGAAUAGCUGAUAUCGAUCCGAAAACUGUUCUAUCCGAAGAGGCUUCUCAUAAACUACUUAGAGUUGAACUCUUCACGCCAUUUAAGCCGAUGCUAUGUGCUAGAGCCAGCAGUGCCGAAAAGAUAUGCUUAGAGUAUCAGCAACUAUUUGCUGGAUCUGUUGAUGCAGGUCUUUGUUUGGAGGUGAAGUAUGAUGGGGAGAGGGUUCAGUUGCACAAAUCUGGAAAUAAUUAUCGAUUUUGGUCUCGUAGCGGUCGUGAAUGGACAGCUAGUUAUGGGGGCAGUGGGGAUUCAAACCAUGGCACCUUGACACACCGUUUACAUGACAACGGUUUGACGUUUGCUAGUCACGCCAGCGAUUGUAUCUUGGAUGGGGAGAUGCUGGCGUUUGAUAAUAGGAAGAAUAGAUUCGUCACCAAAGCGACUGGGUAUGAUGUCAAGCGUGCGAGGUUUGAAGAUGAAGUGGCCAAAAACAAGAAUAUUCUUCCAUGUUAUAUUGUGUUUGACAUACUCUACUUGAAUGGACAGGCGAGUUACUACUAUCAUUUUUUUCUAUGCACAUCUAGAGAAGUUGCAAUAAGUUUAAAUAGGUUGACUGUGUUUUAUUUACUUGAUUAUUUGUUAGGUAAUUUGUCUUAG